CUGCAGCUGUGAUGUUCGUCCACAAUAGUGGCAUUACUUAUAGAUUCUUUUAAUAACUGUGGAGCAGCUUCAAACUCUUCCGGCAGGGCUAGCUGAAAUGGAGUUGAAUGGCAGAGAGAAGCAAGUCAGGUUUUACAGUAAUGGAGCUCAAAUUCACAAUGACAUAUGGGAAAGAACUGAGGCUGUAAAUCAGUCUCCAGAGUACAAGAUGUCGGCACCAUUGUUGAAGACAGACGGUUUUAGUAUCUUUCCUAGUAGUGUUGGUAAGAAAGGAAGAAUAAAUGGGGGAUCCGGGGUCAAGAAGAGAUCAUCUGGUGCUUCUAAAGUUUACCCAGAAAGCAAUCGUGAUCCACAAGAAACCCGAAAAGGGCCAAAAAUUCUUGAUCCUGGAAGUGAUGUUAUACUGAAUUGGAACAGAGUUUUCCUUUUCUUCUGCUUGGUGGCACUCUUUGUUGAUCCAUUGUUCUUUUACCUCCCUUCUGUGCAGAAGAGAUUUAAUGAAAAUUCGUGGUCAUCGUGUAUGAUUACUGACUUGAAUUUGGGAAUUAUAGUGACUUGUUUCCGUUCUGUUGCUGAUAUCUUCUAUGUUAUACACAUAUUCAUGAAGUUCAGAAUAGCUUAUGUCUCUCCAAGCUCGAGAGUGUUUGGUAGAGGUGAACUAGUGAUGGAUCGUCGCGAGAUAGCUAGGAGGUAUUUGAAGUCGGAUUUCUUCAUUGAUCUCAUCGCAGCACUGCCUCUUCCUCAGAUUGUCAUAUGGGGUAUAAUCCCUGGAGUCAGAAGCUCCCAUGCUGAUCACACUAAUAAUGCUCUGGUGCUAAUAGUCCUCCUUCAGUAUAUCCCGAGAUUAUAUCUGAUCUUUCCCCUCAGCAGUCAGAUCAUCAAAGCUACAGGAGUCGUCGCAAAGACAGCUUGGGCCGGAGCUGCUUACAAUCUUGUUCUCUACAUGUUAGCUAGUCACGUCUUAGGAGCAUCCUGGUACUUGUUGUCUAUCGAAAGGCACGCAACCUGCUGGAAGUCAGCCUGCAGAGCCGACCAAAAUCCUGUGAAAUGCUUUCCACGGUUCUUGGAUUGUCGUACUUUUGAGGAUGAUGACAGACAGACAUGGGCAAAUAACACGACGGUGUUUCAGAAAUGUGAACCAGGCAACACUGAAAAUUUCAAGUACGGAAUCUUUGAAAAUGCAGUUGCAAACAAUGUUGUCUCUUCACAGUUUCUUGAGAAGUUCUUCUAUUGUUUAUGGUGGGGGUUACAGAACUUGAGUUCUUAUGGGCAGAGUCUGUCAACAAGCACAUAUAUAGGUGAAACCUCAUUUGCCAUACUCAUCGCGAUCUUGGGUCUUGUUCUGUUUUCCCAUUUAAUCGGAAACAUGCAGACAUAUCUUCAAUCCAUGACCGUGAGGCUUGAGGAAUGGAGGCUUAAAAGACGCGAUACUGAGGAGUGGAUGAAGCAUCGCCAACUCCCUCAGCAUCUCCAGGUACGUGUUCGUAGUUUUGUCCAAUACAAGUGGCUAGCAACCAGAGGAGUCGACGAAGAAUCUAUUUUACACAGCUUACCUAAAGAUCUCCGCCAAGACAUCCAACGCCACCUAUGCCUGGAUCUUGUUCGUCGUGUUCCAUUUUUCUCACAGAUGGAUGAUCAGUUGCUUAAUGCUAUUUGUGAACGCCUCGUGUCAUCGUUAAGCACCCAGGGUACCUUCAUAGUUCGUGAAGGUGAUCCAGUCACAGAGAUGCUUUUUGUAAUCCGAGGGAGGCUAGAGAGCUCAACUACGGAUGGAGGGCGAACAGAUUUCUUCAAUUCAAUCACUUUGAGACCAGGUGACUAUUAGGGUGACUAUUGUGGCGAGGAAUUGCUAGCUUGGGCAUUGCUCCCAAAAUCGACUCUAUAUUUACCAACUUCCACAAGAACAGUAAAAGCCCUUAACGAAGUGGAAGCAUUUGCAUUGCGUGCAGAGGAUCUCAAAUUUGUGGCAAAUCAGUUCAGACGACUCCACAGUAAGAAGCUACAGCACACGUUUCGUUUUUACUCUUACCAUUGGAGGACCUGGGCAGCUUGUUUCAUUCAAGCUGCAUGGCGUAGACACAAGCGACGAUCAAUGGCAAAGACUCUUAGCACAAAAGAGUCGUUUUACUUACCUCAUAAUGAUCAUAUGGCCGAUGAAGCUGGAAUUGGGGAAGGAGGAAGAAACAGUGUGAGCUCUUCUCAUGCUACUCAGAGCCUCGGGGUCACCAUAUUAGCUUCCAGAUUUGCUGCAAAUACAAGAAGAGGCGCACAGAAGACGAAGAAUAUGGAAAUGCUAAAGUUACAAAAGCCCGAAGAGCCAGACUUUUCAACUGAACCAGAAGAUGAUUAGUUGUGAACUAUAGUGAUUUAUCAUAUAUAUGACUGAAAAAUUUAAUACAAAAAAACAACAGGAAAUCAGAAAUUGUCUAAGAAUGUAAUUUGAGCUUCGCUCUGUGAACUAAAAAUGUCAAAUACAAGUGAUCAAAUCUUUGGCCUACUUAAUCUUUUCUAAUUACAUAACAAA